AGCGCUAUAGCCAGUCAGGUGCGAUAAGCCUGAGAACCCAGAACUUGGAACGGAACCCCGCGGAACCAAGACGGAACGCUUAGUCCGCUCGAGAGAAGCGCGCCGAUCGUAGCCAAUUUGGUCCGACACGCGCCCUUCUAAAAAUCGACCCAAUCGCCAAAUCAGCCGUUCGGAUUUCUGAAUUCGCAUUUCGGGUCGGCGGUAGCUCCCCUCACGCGGCCCCUCUGUUUUCAGCUGUCACUCACAGCGAUCGCUCGCUCGCAAUCCAAACAAAAACAAUAGCCGUGGCAAAAGCAAAAUACGAUAAACUAAGCAGGAGAAACCAAACAAAAACAAAGAGCGCUCGGAUGUGCGAUUCGAAUGUUUGUUUUUUCGAUAUUCGCUGAAUAGCACCCAAUCAUCGUCAUAAUAACAAUAAUAAUAAUCGAGUUCUGUGCGGUCUGUCAUUCAGUUCCAUUUAGUCGUCGGCCAUCGCUGGAAGUGGUGCACCUCGUCUCCGGACCGCCGAAGUCUGUGAUAAAGCGUGCACAAGUGCGGCGAGUGUUCUUCGCCCCUUCGAUCGCAACCAAAGAACUUUAGACGUACGCGUCCGCGUCCACUCCAAUCCAAUCCGUACGCUCCGGCAAGAUGAUAAAAACAAAGAACAGCGACGACAAGCUAGACACACUCCUCUCGCGCAGCGUGGUGCCGAUCAUCGAUCUCGCCCACUGUGGCAUUGAGGAGGUGCCGGUCAAGUCGGUGGUCAACCGUGUGGGUCACCAGCUGAAGAAGGCCCUCUCCGAGAAGGGCAUGGCCCUGCUGGUCAACCAUGGCAUUUCAGACGAGAAGCUCAAGACUGCGUGGGAUCAUUUGGAUGACUUCGUGGACCUCGCGCCUGAAGUCAAACAGCACUAUAUUCGCACAGACGGGGACAAACACGGAUAUGUGAGUCGCGGCCAGCCGCGCUUCGAUGGCAAGGCACCGGAGCUGCGCCACGCCUUCAAUAUCAGCACACUGAACGCCCAGAACCUGCCGGAGGAGCCGCUGCCCGGUUUCGCGGACCACAUCAGCACACUGGCCACGGACUUUAAGGCGCUGGCCAGCUUCAUCUUACAGGCAAUGGCCGUCUCGCUGGACAUUCCCAACACCUUCUUCCUCGAAAAGCACUCGCACAUGCUGUCCGGCGACCACGACAACAUGAGCUCCCUGCGCAUGCUCUACUACCCGCCGGUGGUGGACGACGAGCCCGGCCAGAACGACGUGAUCAAGGGUCGUUGCCAGUACAGCUAUCAGCGCUGCCUGUCCAACCAGCCGGACUUCCGGCCGGAACACAAUCCCCGCGACGAAGACGACCUCAACGAGGUCGAUGGCCCCAAUGGCCAGCUCUUUGAGCACAAGCUGGGCAACGGCGCGGUUAUCCACUGCCCUGCCCACGUCGACUAUGGCACCUUCACCCUGCUGGCCCAGGACUCGGAGGGCGGGCUGGAGGUGAAGCUGCCCGGCAGUGAAAAGUGGAAUCGCGUGGGCCACCUGCCCGGCUCCAUACUCGUCAACUGCGGCCAGAUCUUGAAUAUUUGGACACAGGAGCGCUAUCCCGCAUUGCAACACCGCGUCGUUAUUCCUGAACAGGAACACAUUCGGGCCCGCGGUCGGCACUCGAUAGCGUUCUUCUGCCAUCCGGAUAACAUAACGAUGAUAUCGCCCAACGAUCUGCCCAAUCCGGAUGCGGCCCAGGACAAGGCGUGUCUGAAGCAGCGCAAGAAGUCCUUCAAGGCGGCGAAAGAAAGAGUCUACAAUGCAUAUCAGUUGAUACAGAAAAAGUUUAGAGAUACGUACAGCAAUAACGGUCACUCAUAACGGCGGCAGAAAGCCACGCGCUAGAAUCCGUCGAGCCAUCAUCCAUCGCAUCUCUACCUGAACCGGAAUGAAUGAAGUUCGCUGUGGACAUGGAAGUGGGAGUGGGAAGUGAGAAUAAAAAUGAAAAGCCAACGCACAUCCGAUGUCUUGAACCUUUUUAUUAUUACCUUUACUUUUAUUCCAUACGAUUGUAAUUGCUUCAUUUCAUUAAUUUAUAUGUAUCGAGAUACUAUAUACAAUACAUGCAUACAUACACCGUAAACAUAUACCUUUGUAUAAUAAAUAUAUCUGUAUAA